GUAAUUAAGAAGAGGCAGGAAGCAAAAAUAUGUUGAGGUCAUUCGCAAGAAGCUUCAAACUCAUUAAUGUACCAAAUGGUUUGAUAUCCAAGCCAGUUAGCUCUACUCUCCUCUAUUCAACUUCUUCAAGAAAGUUAGAAGGAAAAGUAGCGGUCAUAACCGGCGGUGCAAGCGGAUUAGGGAAGGCCACAGCGGAGGAAUUUGUGAGCCAAGGUGCGCAAGUAAUUAUCGUAGAUAUAGAUGAAGAGGCUGGUCAUAGGGUCGCGACCACACUUGGCUCAGCCGCACAAUUCUUAAGAUGUGAUGUCACUGAGGAGGAACAAAUCGCUAAGGCCAUGGAGACCGCCGUGUCUCGUCAUGGGAAGCUCGACAUAAUGCUCAAUAGUGCUGGAAUAUCAUGCUCCAUAUCACCACCAAGCAUAGCGGACCUAGACAUGGACACUUACGACAAAGUGAUGCGUCUCAACGUGCGAGGUACUGUCUUAGGGAUAAAGCAUGCGGCUCGAGCCAUGAUCCCCGCUGGCUCGGGCUCCAUCCUUUGCCUCUCUAGCAUCAGCGGCUUGAUGGGCGGUCUAGGCCCACACGCAUACUCAAUCUCUAAAUUCACAAUCCCUGGUGUGGUCAAGACGGUUGCUAGCGAGCUGUGUAAGCACGGAUUGAGAAUCAAUUGUAUAUCACCCGCGGGUAUCCCGACGCCUCUAACGCUGAGGAUGUUUCGGGAGGCGUUUGCGGGUCAUAACAUUCCGGAGGAACAACUUUUGGCGAUUGUGAACGCGACGGGAGAGCUAAAGGGAGAGAAGUGUGAGGAGAUAGAUGUGGCUAAAGCGGCUUUGUAUUUGGCAUCGGAUGAUGCUAAGUUUGUGACGGGGCAUAACCUUGUUGUUGAUGGUGGAUUUACUUGUUUCAAGUCUCUUAAUCUCCCUUCUGCUUAAUUAAAUAAUCAAGUUAACUAAAGUUUUAUUUUUUUAGUUUUCUAUGUGGUUAUUAUGAGUGUUUUGGCCUUUUGGGUCAUUGUUGAUGUGAUCGUUUGUUAUCUAUGGGACACUAGUCACACUAUAUGGUUAGAACUUUGGAAUUAUAAAUUUAGCCUCUCUUU